CUUUUUCAGUUCAGUCGCCUUUGGGCUCUCGUCGAACGAGGACCGUGUUUCAUCCGGUUUCCUCACACAAUUCUUCCAUCCCCCACUUUUCGUUCACGUUCAAACAGUUGCCAACACCAACAAUUCCAAAAAAACUUCCCCCCCAGUAAAAGAAAACAAAAUAAAUAAAAGUUCACUGCCAAUUGCACCAAACUCAUCCGCGUAAACUGUGGGGGAAAGGGGGACCAAAAAAAAACAACAUGGCCACUCGUUCGAAACUGGUCCGAAAACAACCGAAACCUUCCAGUGUGUAGUGUUGAUUUGUUUUAUUUCAAAAAGAUAAAAAAAAAAAAAACCCCGACACACACAGAGAAAGAAGUUAAAAAUCGUCGGUGUGUGUGUAUGUGUGUGUGUGUGUGUGUAUAGCGUGGAAUUUUUCUGUUAGGUUGUUGUUGUUGGCUUUAGGGGCGACCCCUGUGGGAGAGAGACUGGUGGCCGCCACCGUUGUGUCGCGCAGGUGUGCGUGCGUGACUUGACAAGUGAACGACUUUCCUUUUGUUUCUUUUCAACAACAACAACACACACACACGAAUAUAUAUUUUUUAAAAAAGAAGGGCCUACCAACAUGGUGCUCAACCUGUUUAAAACGUUGGCCAGCAAGAACGAAGCCGCCCACCGCACCCAAAAUCACCACCAAUCGGCCAGGGCGAAUCAAGACAUUGCGGCUGGAUAUCAGCGAUCGGCAGCCACGACCGGAUCGACUUCGUCGGCAGGAAGGAUUUCGCGCAUGGCUCGAUCGCUACCCCAACACGUGCCGGAAGUGUUGACGCGUCCCGACUCGGCUUCCGGCGGUUGCAGCAAGGCGACGAGCCACAGCCUGACGGGCGGAUCAGCCAUGAUGAACCGCCUGCAGGUCAACAGCACUAGCCCGACCGCGCCGGCCCAGCAGCACCAACUCUUGACGGGCUCCCUUUCGGCGCCCAGUUCUCCGUCGCAGCUCGUCAAGUCGUCGUCGAUUCCGUUGAAGAUGCGCCAAGGCGUCGUCGGGCGGCACCACGCGCCUCCGCCCAACAUCAUCGUCGAGAAGGGGCGCAUCGAAUUCGUCAAAAGCGGCGAUGCGGCCGCGCUGGCCGCACUGGCAGCCAGUCCGGCCACGUCGCCUCCGUCGCCGCUGGUGGCCAACGAGAAGCACAAGUUGGUGAUGGGCACCAAGAUAUUCCGGCCGCCAACCUCGUCGUCCUCGUCCUCGUCGUCGUCUUCGCCUUCGUCCAAGAAAACGCCGGAAGCGACGGAAGAGAUGCCGCCCAAGGGGCAGGCCAAGUCGAAAGAUUGCGCCGGCAGCAUCUCGUUCCGCGAUCGAUCGGCCAGCCCGAAAUUCAAUUCGACGAGGGAAUCCACUCCGCCGCUGCCCGACUCGAGGAUCCCGUCCGGAAUGGGGUCGCGCGCCAAAGGGUCCACCGCUCCGGACGUUUGCCGCAAUCUGAUCCCGCGGCCGGGCUUCGUCAAUAAAUCGCGCGAGACGAGCCCGUCGCCUCAGUCGAGUGCCAAAACGUUGUCGAUUCCGGCCGCCGCGUGCAAAAGUGGCGCUAGUAGUUCGUCGGUUCCGGUCAGUCCCAAUCUGAUUCGCUGGAGGGCCAAACUGUCUGGUUCUAGUGGUCCGUGUGUCGCCAAUCAUUUGAAUGUCGCCUCGUCUGCCAUUGCCGCUGCUGCCUCCUCCUCCUCCUCAUCCUCCGUAGCCGGAAGCCAUCCUCCUAAAAAGACUACGGCACCAACAUCACCACCAGUUGGCAUGGUGAAAUUAUCUGGCAACAGCGCCAAAUCUUGUCCUUUGUCGUCGUCGUCGUCGUCGUCGGCCAGCAAACCAACUGCCGUUGCCCAGGUGGAGGAAGAGACGCCAGCUGACGCUGAUGCGACCGGUUCUACAACUACGACUGCCACCAACAAUCAAAUGCAGCUGCUCAACUUGCAUUACGAAGUCAAACGACUGGAAGAGACGGUGCACACGCUGUUGCCAUUACGUCACCAACAAACGGCCCUCAUCCAAUCGUACGAGGAGAGGUUGAGCGAAGCGCAAACGCGAUUGGCUGCAGCCGAAGCGGAAGUGGCUCAGCUGAAGGAGCGGCUGGCCCGUUGCGAAGGGGCCGAAGUUGACGGUCGUCAAGUCAUCCAGCAGCUGGAAGCCGAUAAGUCGUCCAUGGCAGCAAGUCACGAACAGCAGCGCAUCGUGUUCGACAAGUGCCUCGACGAGAUUGCCAAUCACGUCGUUCAGGCUCUCAUCUCACAAAAGAAUUUACAAGGAGAAUGUCGUCGUCUUCGAUCGCAAGUCUCCGACCUGGAACAGCGCAACGUGGCCCUGAAUUUGUUGCUCACGCAGAGCCUUCGUGAUUCAAUGUUGGAAAAUAAUAAGAAACCGAUGGGACCGGCGAUGACGACGGAUGGGAUGGUCAAGUCCAACUCGUACGACCUCCCGCCGGUUACGUCCAAUAGUAACCAACGCGACUCGCUUUGUUCCACGGUCAGCGACAGCGAAAUUCGAAUGAACAGCAGCUCGUCCAUCUUUGAAACGGGCUCCACUGUCCGGCCGCUCGUUUCCAAAGAUUCCAAUUGGACCUUGUCCUCGUCGAGUAGCUCGUCCUCUUCCACGGCAUCGCAAGCGGCCCUGGCCGUCCAACAGCCGUCGGAGCAAAACAAUCCGGUGGAACGCGCCGAGAAGUUACUGGCCGUUCUCAAGCAUCGCCUUUUCAGUGCCCAGCUCAACAGUUACAAGAGCAUCCGCAUGCAGCCGAGAUACAACGGCGAGGUCCGCCGCAGUCUCGUCCUGCCCGCCCAGCAGCAGGCCGAAGUGUCCCUUCCGGCCAGGCCCAGCACUCUGUCCUUUUGUCCUAGUGCCUCAGUCAGCAAUAAAGAAACGGCCAUGGCGUCCGUCAACGAUCCGUCCACGCCCUCUGUGCGCGCUUUGGUGCAAGUCCUGGAGAAACGAGUGGCCAAUCCGCUUCCGUCCAGCAGCAGCAGCAGCCUGGAAAAGGCGGACAAAUCGCCUCGGCCUCCGCUUCCUAUCGCUCCCGGAUUGGUGCGAUCCAUCCGCAAUGCGGCCGUCUCUCAGGGAGACAGCAGCAGCGACAGUCCGGCCAGCAAGGACGAGGGGUAUUCCACCAUGUCCAGUGACGUCCAGGUGGAUUCCUCGUCUUCCAGCUCGUCUUCUUUCAUUGCGUCCGGCUGCUCGUCCCCGGCCACGCUGCGUCGCAGCGCCAGCGGAUCGACGCCCAGCUCGACGACCCGUUCACUGCCCAUGGCCAAGCGCAAGACCUUGCUCAAUUCGUCUUCCAGUUCGUCAGCCAAUUCUUCGUCCCUGUCGUCCUCGGACUCGCGUCCGUCUCAACCCAAUCGCUCCAUUUCCCUCCAGGAGACGCAUUCCGGCGCUGUUGGAUUAGAAGAGCUCAAAGAGGAAGCAUCCGACGAGACCAACGACGACGGCAUCGUUGGUGGCAAAUGUCCAGAAUCAUCGCCUGCGCCAUCUAGCGGUCAAUUUUCAGACUACGGCGCUUCAUCUUUUAAGCGAGAAUGGCCAGGUGUGCAGCUGGGAACGCUGUGCGAAGACUGGUCACCCAGUUCGGUGGCUAGCGAUUCUGAAGAUGUAGAAAGUGACAGAGACGGAAUCUUUUCACCUGCACGGAACCAAGAAGAUCACAAUGUACCGAAAUGGAAGUCGGACGAUGAAUUGUACAAAGCCGAUCAAGAGGAGGAUGUCGCUACCGGUGAAGAAAGUUGGAAAACGUUGGACUUGAGGAACAAAUCGCACCAGUCGGAACACGACUCUCAGCAUCCGUUGCGCAGGACUCGGGCCCAAGUUCAACUAUCCAGCGAUCCGUCAGGUGGAGAAGAAGUCAGCAGCAACCGUUCCAUCGCUCCUGAGCCACCGUCGCAAAAUGAAGAGCGCGUACCGCCCAACUAUAGCGAGCAUGAAAUGGAGGACUGGAUUCUGGACGAUAGAGAGCACGAACCAUCUCCUUCCGAGUCGGAAGAGACGGCAGGAGCCACGGCUUUGCCCGCCAUCAGCGAAAAUAGUUACGAGUCAGAUGGCGAUGAUGAGGAGGAGGAGGAAGAAGAGGAAGAAGAAGAAGAAGAAUUUUUUGUUCCGGAAAUUUACAGUCCAACGUGUGAAAUGGCAACGCAAGAAGCGACCGAAAGCGAUGCAGACGAAGAAGCGGAAGAAGAAAGUCUGGACACUGAAUUCACCCGCGACUAUUACAGACUAGUCAAAUUCGAAUCCAAUCGGAGUCUGGCCAAUUCGGAAAAGUACGACCAUUGCCCGCCGGGAACUGAGGCGGCCGCAGCCGAGUCUGGCGGACCUUUUCCGCCACCCGAUCGGCAAGUGGCUCUGCAAACGGUGCUGGAUUUUAUUGCAGAACAGCAGCGUUACUGCGCCAUCCGUGAGACGGCCGACGCCGUCACGCCCGAAUUGCCGCAUCCCAAUGGGCUGGACAAAGAGCCGACAACCGGCACUAGUUCGUUGCUCCAGUUGCGUCAUCUUCUCGCUGACGACGACAGUUCCAGGGAGGCGGACAGCAGUGGCGAUGAGGACAGAGACGGAAGUGCUGACCUCCACACCGGAUUCUCCACUAAUUGGAUGCCCGUCCACAGCAACGGGGCGGAACUUGUCGAUCUAAGCAACGCCGAGGUGAGGGCUUCGAUGCUGGAAAAGCUGCUUAGAUCCACUUCCACUUCUAGCAUCAACGAGUCCAGCUCUAGCGAUUCGUUUGAAGGAAAUGAUGAAAAAGAGUUCAGUCUCGACACUAGCCAGGAAUCUUGUCCGCCACCCAUUGCCAGUCCAGCGGCGGGCGAGGAAAGCCAAUGCUAAACAGAACAAAACAAACGAACAAUGCAAACAAUAAAGGACCUUCAUCAGUUUUUUGAGGGAUGAAUCAAUUUGACGGAAAUUAAUAACGUGCUGCUAUUAAUUCAAUCAGCUUUGAUGGUGAAAAUUUUGUAAAAAAAAAAAUAAAUAAAAAAAAUGUGAAAUUCAGCAAGACAAUAACUCGUCGUCGUCUCGUCACAGGGUGCGGAGAUUAUAAUUGACAAAAAAGAAUGUACCUGUUUGUGAUUUAUUUUUCUUUCUUUCUUUCUUUUUCCUUUUUUUGUUUGUUUGUCCACAUUUUGCAUCCUUGACAUGGUGUCUAGCCUGACCCUUCAUGUUGCUCUUUUUCACUGAAUUCAAUUCAUAAUGUCUUUCGUUGUGAUAUGCGUUUCACUAUUAUUUUGAUUAUGACCUUCUCUUCAUAUUAACACGCCCUUCAACUGCAACCGGCUCGAGUGUACAAAAACAAAAGUCUAAUUACUGAUACAAAAAUAAGCACAAACAAUACAACAAAAAAUGACUGCCA